AUGCCAAGUCUUUCGUCACUGGCUCUCGUCGGGCCAGGCACCCGAUUUGAUGCCCGCCGCCCUUCUUCAAGCCCACCAACCAACCUUGCAUUUCCCAUCUUAAGCAUCCUGCCUGAUUCCUCUCCUUCUUCUCUGUUGCGCGUGCAUCGUGAUACUUUUCUUCUUGAAUACGUCGCAAAUAAAGACUCAUUGUUCGCAUGCGCAACCCCCGCGCGCUCUCCCGCUUCCCCCGCUAACCGCGAUCCCGCCUCUCAGGGUAUCUCACGGCGUCCUAAGGACAAGUCCGCCCGCAAUGCUCAGCAGGCCGGCGGCGGCAGCGCCGCCAAACCGAAGAAGGCCACCUUCGACACCACCAAGAAGAAGGAGAUUGGCGUCUCUGACCUGACCCUCCUCAGCAAAGUGUCCAACGAAGCCAUCAACGAGAACCUCAAGAAGCGGUUCGAGGGCGCCGAAAUCUACACAUACAUCGGUCAUGUCUUGGUCUCGGUCAACCCCUUCCGCGACCUAGGCAUCUACACCGACCAGGUCCUCGACAGCUACCGCGGCAAGAACCGCCUGGAGAUGCCCCCGCACGUCUUUGCCAUUGCCGAAUCCGCAUACUACAAUAUGAAGGCCUACCACGAGAACCAGUGCGUCAUUAUUUCCGGGGAGUCGGGUGCGGGAAAGACCGAAGCCGCCAAACGCAUCAUGCAGUACAUUGCCAAUGUCUCCGGCGGGCAGUCAGGAGAUAUCCAAAGAAUCAAGGACAUGGUGCUGGCCACCAAUCCCUUGCUGGAAUCGUUCGGCAACGCCAAGACGCUUCGAAACAACAACUCCUCGCGGUUUGGGAAGUACCUCCAAAUCUACUUCAACUCCACAGGGGAGCCUGUUGGUGCCGACAUUACCAACUACCUACUCGAAAAGUCCCGUGUCGUCGGACAGAUAGCAAACGAGCGAAACUUCCACAUCUUCUACCAAUUCACCAAGGGCGCUUCUCGCCAGUACCAAGAGCUCUUUGGUAUUCAAAAACCCGAGACCUAUCUGUACACCAGCCGCUCAAAGUGUCUCGAGGUCGACGGCAUUGACGAUCUGGCCGAAUUUCAAGAUACUCUCAACGCGAUGAAGGUUAUUGGCCUCUCGCAAGCAGAACAAGACGAGGUCUUCCGCGUGCUGGCCACCAUUCUAUGGAUCGGCAACAUUCAGUUCCAAGAGGACCAGAGUGGCAACGCAGAAGUACGUGACAGCUCUGUCGUCGACUUUGCCGCCUACCUGCUAGAAACUACUCCAGAACAGCUAAUCAAAGCCAUAACCAUCCGCAUUCUUACCCCUCGCAGCGGUGAAGUUAUCGAGUCGCCCGCCAACCCUGCGCAGGCGACCUCGACUCGUGACGGCUUGGCCAUGGCCCUCUACAACAACCUCUUUGACUGGAUUGUGGCCCGCAUCAACAAGUCGCUGAAGUCUCAACAAGCCACCGCCAACGCCGUCGGUAUUCUGGAUAUCUAUGGCUUCGAGAUUUUCGAGAAGAAUAGCUUUGAGCAGCUCUGCAUCAACUACGUCAACGAAAAGCUACAGCAGAUUUUUAUUCAGCUGACUUUGAAGACGGAGCAAGAAGAAUAUGCCCGUGAGAAGAUUCAAUGGACGCCGAUUCAAUACUUUGACAACAAGGUCGUCUGCGAAUUGAUUGAGCAGGUCCGCCCCCCUGGAAUCUUCUCCGCAAUGAAGGAUGCCACCAAGACCGCACACGCUGAUCCCGCUGCCUGCGAUCGUACCUUCAUGACUAGCAUUAAUGGCAUGUCGCACGCCCAUUUAACGCCUCGACAGGGCAACUUCAUCAUUAAGCAUUACGCCGGUGAUGUGGCCUACACGGUUGAUGGCAUCACGGACAAGAACAAGGACCAGCUCCUCAAGGGUCUGCUCAACUUGUUCCAGAAGAGUGGUAACCAAUUCGUACAUUCUCUCUUCCCCCAGCAGGUCGACCAGGAUAAUCGCAAGCAGCCUCCUUCGGCUGGUGACCGAAUUCGCUCCUCGGCCAACGCGCUGGUAGAGACUUUGAUGAAGUGCCAGCCUUCAUACAUUCGAACAAUCAAGCCCAACGAGAACAAGUCGCCCACCGAGUACAACAGUCCCAACGUCCUUCACCAAGUCAAAUACCUCGGUUUACAAGAAAACGUCCGCAUUCGUCGCGCUGGUUUUGCCUACCGUCAAUCUUUUGACAAAUUCGUUGAUCGGUUCUUCCUGCUAUCUCCAGCUACAUCCUAUGCCGGCGAGUAUACUUGGCAGGGAUCAUAUGAGGAUGCCGUUAAGCAGAUUCUCAAGGAUACGAGCAUUCCCAAGGAAGAAUGGCAAUUGGGUGUGACCAAGGCUUUCAUCAAGGCGCCCGAGACACUGUUUGCUCUGGAACAUAUGAGAGACAGAUACUGGCACAACAUGGCCACUCGUAUCCAGAGAAUGUGGAGAGCGUAUCUUGCCUACCGUGCCGAAAGUGCCACUCGUAUUCAACGGGUGUGGCGCAAGAAGAGGACCGGUGCCGAGUACUUGCAGCUGCGUGACCAAGGACACCGCGUACUUCAGGGUCGCAAGGAGCGUCGCAGGAUGAGUGUUCUCGGUUCCCGUCGCUUCCUGGGAGAUUACCUGGGAAUCAAUGCUUCAAACGGUUUUGGUGCUCAAGUCAGGCAAGCCACCAACUUGGCCGCAAACGAGCGAGCAGUCUUUUCCUGCCGCGCCGAGAUUCUGGAAGCCAAAUUUGGUCGCUCCAGUAAGCCCAGCCCUCGACUCAUCAUCGUUACCAACAGCAAAUUCUACGUGAUUGUUCAAGCGCUUGUUAGUGGGCAACCCCAAAUUCUGGUAGAAAAGGCUAUUCCUUUGGGUGCCAUCAAGUUCAUCGGAGCCUCGGCGGCGCAGGACGACUGGUUCUCGUUGGGUAUCGGCUCUCCCCAGGAGGCCGAUCCGUUGAUGAACUGUAUUCUGAAGACCGAGCUGUUUACUCAGAUGCAGCGCGUCAUGCCGGGCGGGUUCAACCUCAGGAUCGCCGAAUCCAUCGAAUACGCCAAAAAGCCCAACAAGAUGCAGCAGGUUAAGGUGAUCAAGGACUCUCAGCAGCGCGCCGACUUUUACAAGAGUGGUUCUAUCCAUACCACACGUGGAGAGCCCCCCAACUCUUCAUCACGGCCUACACCAAAGGGCAAGCCAGUUCCUCCGCGACCCAUCACUCGUGGCAAGCUUAUCCGGCCUGGCGGCCCGAACGGACGCCCCUCACGAGUGCAGACCAACAGAAAAGCACAGCCUCUCCCUUCUGCAGGUAGACGUUCGGUUCCCCAGCCACCCCUUGCCAUUUCCGCCGCCUCUACUCCGGUCGCCGCCGUCGUGCCAACGCCUGUUGCUCGAAAGCCGGCGGCCCAACCCGCUCUCCAGCAGGUCCUUCCCAGCCAUACAAGAAACGGCUCCGGUGCCAGCAGAGCACCGCCUCCCCCACCCCCUGCCGCUCCGCCGACGAAGCCCAAGAUUAUGGCCAAAGUUCUCUAUGACUUUGCUGGAAGCAGGGAUAAUGAGCUCACCGUUGCUGCCGGCGAACUGAUUGAGAUUGUGCAAAAGGAAAAUAACGGAUGGUGGUUGGGAAAGAACUCGGAUGGCCAGGCUUGGGUGCCCGCUGCCUACGUAGAAGAGCAAGCCUCUGUGCCACCGCCUCCUUCCGUAAGGGCCAAGCCCGCGCCGCCUGCACCGCCCGCGAAGCGACCGGCGGCUGCUCGCAAGCUGGAUGUGUCCCACCGCGACUCGGGCAUGAGCCUAAACGGCGCAGGCGGGUCUGACACGAGCCGCAGCAACACGCCCACGCCCAGCCUCGGCGGCAGUUUGGCGGAUGCCCUGCUGGCGAGGAAGAAUGCCAUGCAAAAGCGCGAGCAAGACGAGGACUGGUGA